AUGCUGUGUCCUGUCAACUUCGCGGUGGCGUGGUUCGUGGUGGAAGGCGUUCUCGUGCUCGCCAGUCCGCUCUCGUUGCCCAUGUGCUCACCAGCUCUGGAGGGUAGCUGUCGUAGAAAUGUUGAUCCGUCCAUCCUGGACAUUUGUGCCUCCGGUGCAUGGCAGCGAGUAAGCAGGGGCACAUAUGAUUGUGUUGCAGGAAUCGUGCAGACGAAAGGACCGUCGGUCGUCGUUGAGCACAACACGACCACCCUCGCCUGCAAACCAGCACCCGAGCCCAGUCUUGCUCCCAACGGGUAUUCGUUCUGUACUGGCAUUGCUCUCUCACCCCGCGAAGAUCGAUACGGACGGGCCUCAUACCGGCCGGGCGGCCGAAUGGCGUCCGUUUAUAACGAGGACGUUGCGUUUCGCUGCGAUCUCGCAGCUCCGCCUGAUGGAUAUUACGUGGCGCUCUGGACCCAGUACACCGACCACAGCAUCCCACAGCCACCGCCCACCACUUGUGGUCAGACGCUGUCCUUGACGAAUCCGAAGCUCAACAGGACGGCCACGGCAACGGUCAUUGAUCGCUGCGCGAGCUGUGUGGGCGUAGGACGCCGACUGAAUGACCGCACCACGCCGGACUGUCUGGUCAAUGGCGCGACGGUGGAUGUCAGCCCCGCGCUGUGGAACUUCCUCUUCGACAAUGCCAUCCCCAGCGUCUAUGACAUUGAAUACGAGGGAGACGUCUACGCGGGCUGGCCUGUGGAUCCCGCACGGCUGGACGACAUGGAUAUGGCAGAAUGCCGCUGUGGGUAG